GACAGUAUGUAAGCAUUUGUCACCGGCUUUGGUUGGCCAAUUAUUCCAUUUGCACUGAGCUGAGUGUAUAUUCGAGUUUAUUCCAUACGAGCACCAGGCAAGCCAAGCAUUGAGAACCACUUUAUUGUCAACGGCUGUACUCGUACUAAUCAGUGUCAACAAUUACCUAAUUUUAGCGUGUUGUUAUUAUUUAUCGUGUCAAAUUUGUACUCUUUUUUUCUGUGCAAUUUUCGAUGAUUAAAUAUAGCCAAUCAAAUGUUUGGCUAGUUUUAGUUUAGUGAAUCAAUAAAUAUUAGUUUGUUGAGUGGCUCAGUUGGUUGUUGCACGAUGAGCAGUAAGGGCGAAGUCAGACGACGCGUGAUGACACCGAAUACCAAUACGCACACUUCCGAUCCGCUGUUGCAGCAGCGCGGCGCGGAAUUACGAACCCGAAGCAUUUGGCAGCGCGUUUUCGUUGAACAUGGCAAACUCAAAUGGUACUGGGCGCCUGUCUUCCUUGCCUCUUGGGUGCUUCUCUACUUCUUCGUUUCCAUACCCGCCUAUCAUCGAUUACCCAAACCGAUUAAUAUUGCGGAUGAAUUUCGCUAUCCGGAUCGUUUUAUAGCUGAAAGAGCCGAGCAAAAUUUGGCACAACUCAUUGCAUUGGGGCCGCGUGUGGUGGGUAGUGAGGCAAACGAGCAAAAUGCCAUCAAAUACUUUCAGAGGAAAUUGAAAGAUUUACAAGCUGGUGCUAACCCUGCACUAGAAAUUGAGGGUGAUGUGCAGCUGGCAUCGGGCAGCUAUUGUCACUGGGACAUGGUUAAUAUGUAUCAGGGUAUACAGAAUUUUCUCAUUAAAAUUGGCCCAAAGGACACGAAUAGCACAUCCUAUUUGUUGGUAAACAGUCACUUCGACUCCGUGCCGCAUGGUAAAGGCGCUGGUGAUGACGGCACAAUGGUGGCCAUAAUGUUGGAGACCGUACGCGUUUUAUCGAAAUCGGACAAACCGCUUCGCAAUCCAGUCGUCUUCCUCUUCAAUGGCGCUGAGGAAAAUCCACUACAGGCAUCACACGCUUUCAUCACACAGCAUAAAUGGGCGAAGUAUAUCAAAGCUUUAAUAAAUUUGGAUUCAGCUGGCAGUGGUGGACGCGAAAUUCUUUUCCAAUCUGGUCCUAAUCACCCUUGGUUAAUGAAGCAUUACCGACGCGCUGUAAUGCAUCCGUAUGCCUCCACUGUGGCGGAAGAAAUGUUCCAGCGACACUUUAUACCAUCUGACACUGAUUUUAGGAUAUUCCGCGACCAUGGACGUGUGCCUGGAUUGGAUAUGGCUCAUCAGUACAACGGUUACGUCUAUCACACACGCUUCGAUGUGCCAGAGAUCAUACCACGUGGCACCUUCCAGCAUACAGGUGAUAAUGUGCUCGCGCUGGUACGCGAAAUUGCCAAUGCACCCGAGUUGGAAGAUCCUUCGCGCUACUCUGAGGGUCACACCGUCUUCUUCGAUGUACUCGGCCGGUCAUUGGUGUUCUACAGCGAAACCGAGGGUAUCAUUGUGAAUAUCUUCGUUUCGCUGGUGGCCAUUGCCACUUGCACAUACUCUUUCAAACAGAUGACACACAGCACUGGCACGAAAUUUGGCAACGUUGCUAAUCGCGCUCUUACGCUCUUCGGUGUACAAGUACUCGCCGUAAUCACUGCGACUGCACUUUGCUUCUUUAUGGCAUUCUUUAUGGAUGUACUGCAUAUGCCCAUGUCUUGGUUCACCAACUCAUGGUUGAUUAUGGGUUUGUACUUUUGUCCGCUAUUCUUCGGUUUCGCCAUUGUGCCAGCGAUUUACUUCCACUUGCAACGGAGGGAUCGCUUCCCGCUCGGCUAUCGCGUUCAAAUUCUGCUACACUGUCAUUGCCUCUUCCUGGCCUUCGUUACACUAAUCGCUACCAUCGCUGGCAUACGUUCGGCUUUCAUGCUAAUGAUCGCAGUGCUAUUUUACACUUUGGGCUUGAUCGUGAAUUUAAGCACCAAACUGCAUAACAAAUCUUUACCUUGGCUUAUUCCACACAUCAUCUGCAAUAUUCCACCCUUCAUCUUCUAUGGCUAUCUCUCACACGGUUUCUUUGUCGCCUUCAUUCCGAUGACCGGCCGCUUUGGCGCUAGCGUUAAUCCAGAUCUGAUCAUUUGCGCAUUUACAGUUGGCGUAGGUAUACUUACUGGUGGUUUUAUGAUUCCAGUUCUCAAUCUGUUCCAUAAGUCCAAGACCAUCAUCUGUUCUUUGCUCGCCUUCACGGCUCUAUUCUUGAUAUUCGCGGCGACCCCUAUUGGCUUCCCAUAUCGACCAGAAACUAACAUUCAACGCUUUUCUGUGUUGCACACUCGUCGCGUCUUCCACGAUGAAACGAAUAACGUGCGACGUCUAGAGACUGGCUAUUUCAUUUUGCCGCAGGAUCGUCGCACUUAUUCCGUGAAAAAUCACUUGCUCAACAUGUCCUUGGCUCAAAACCUCAACAAAGAUUGCGAAACGGAGAUGUUGUGUGGUCUGCCGCUUUACAAUCAUCGUUGGCAUAAAGCGCGUGCCUCAAGUUUAUGGAUACCCGGUCCAGAUCCCAAGUUCGAUAGAGUGCCUGAAGUGAAAUUACUUUCCAAAAAUCAAUUAAGUAAAACUUCAAUUCGUUAUGAACUGGAGUUAAGUGGACCUGACCAUAUGGGCUUAUACAUCAAUCCUCUGAAGGACCGUGAAAUGAGCUCUUGGUCGUUCCAUUAUAGUCCAUUGCGUUUGGGUUGGAAGCCGCCAUAUUUCAUUUAUUUCUCAUAUGGCAAAGAUAGUAGCCCGCUGAAAUUCACACUCGAAUUAGAGAAUCCUUCAGAGGACUGGAGCUCGCCAAUAUUUGAAAUUGGCAUUGCUGGACAUUGGAAUCAUGAUGAGAGUGCACAUACAGCGGAAUUUAAGAAGUUCCUUCAAAGCUUCCCCAAAUAUGUAGAUGCGAUAGCUUGGCCGGCAUAUUAUGAGACACGACUGUUUUAAGUCCAGCUUUAGUUAUUUAUACAACUGUAUAUGAGUGUAUGCGUGUAUUUAAUUGCGUAUUUUAACUACUUAAACGCAUAAUUUUGCCAAUGAGCAUUUUUUUAUUUAUUUUGUAUGAAACUGUAGGGUAUUAAAAUCAAUAAAUAUAUAAGAAAACUUA